AUGGGGAUUUUGAAGAUGGCGGCUUCGCAAUGGGUGAUUACAAUUUUGCACACCUUGAUUAUAUUUCAAGUUGGGCAUUCCAUUUAUUUUUUUGACGAUGAAACAAGAAGAAGCGAAAUUGUUGACAGCAAGGACUUCUUCCGUGAAGUUGAAGAAAACAUGAAAGGCGGAAAGCGCACAGAUAUAAUGUCCGGCAGCGGCACAUUAUCCUUCGGAGCAAGUUGGUGCAAUCUUGUGUUAGCAAAAGCUGGAAACAUUAUAACUGCAACACUUGACAAGAAAAAUGGAUGCAACCCACCUUCAGUAAAAAUGGUUUUGCAGAAUCAUUUUCCAUCAAAUAAUUUCAAAACUGCCACUAAAAUUUUGGAUGGAGAUUUAUUUGGGGUCCAAAGUAUCAAGAUUAACACAGCCAAUUUAUUAGUGGAAAUGAAGACAAAAGUUCAAAGUAACUUACCUUUCACUCUGCUUGGGUUAUUGCCUAUCGGCGGAGAUCCUAACAAGCCAACAAAUAUGGAAUUCUUGUGGUCGUCUCAGGAAGUUAUGACUCUAACCAACUUAGGAAUUAGCAUAAAUGGGGCAGUCACGCUGGGAUCAAAUAAGGCGGAGAUCAAAAUUGAAAAGCCGUCUGGUAAGCAACUAUUUGAAAUAAAGUCAAUAACGUCUUCAGCUCCAAUUAGAUUAUCUAAUGUUGCAACACAAUUCCGCAUUAACCUAGCAGAAAUGGCAAGAAAUGGAGACAACUUUAAAUCUGAUUGGUUACCUGGAACACAAUGGAAAGUUUGGACUGGCUAUGGAGCAUUCAAUGCAGAAGAAGAAUUUCAAAUUGCCAUUGAGCAUGUCACUGCAAGUGGAGACAAUCAACCUCUUGGACUUAAUGGCGCUUCACUAAAACUUGUUCUGACCAGGUUAGGCAAAAAUAGUGGCUUAAUAGUAUUAACUUGUACCAAUGGCGUUAUUAAUGAGCGAAAAUAA